UGAACGCGGUGAUGUGUCCGCUGCAGCAUUCAUAGGCUGCCUGCUGUGGUUGUGAGGCGGGCUGAAGGAGUCUGGAGUCGAAUUCCUGAACACGUAGGAGCUCCUCGCGUUGCUCCAACACGACGCAUGACGCAGGGGCGCAGCGAAUAACGGAUUACUGAUCAACCGAUCGGUGGGACGCAGAUUUGUCUCGGCUAUUACUUUGUCCAUUGCCGUUACAGCACAUCAUCGGAUGUGUUUUCCUUUCCCCCUCCACAAGAAACAUGACAUGAAGAGCGUCUUUUCUCUCCAGACCGUCUGUUCACGCGCAACUGGACCCACUUGUUUGCCGCAGAGGAGAAAUGUAAGAAUCUGGAGUACAACCAUCAAUACUUUGUCAGGAAAUGUUUAUUAUGAACAAAGAAGCGCGUGUAAAAAGCCUGUUUCACACGUUAUUCCCAAAGCGGGGGUUAAAAUAACAGUCUGGGUUCACUUUUCCACAACGGAAAUGGGAUCAGUCGCACUGCCUGGCUCCACUUCUUCUAAAACAUGGUCGAUGUAACUCCAUAAAGUACCGGGAUCUGACAUUGUUUGACUUCCGGACACAAAAUAGCUUGUUGUUAAUGGAAAGAUGUUUGCUGGACUGAUGGCGCUGGAAUGUCACAGUAACUCUCUGUUUCACCAUUGCGAAGUCAUGGAAGGUGGCAGAGCAUCAGGGACAGCUGGCAGCUCUGGUCGUAAGAGGCUCCACCGAAGACCAGGGUACAUGAGAGGAGAGCAGUCCAGACUACAAAGCACUACUCAUGUGCAGGGGGAGGAAGAGGAGGAGGACGAGGAGGAAGGGAGUACCAGUUGCAUUAGGAAUGGAUAUUUUGGACGUCACACUGACAUCACUGAGGCAACCAGCGCUCAGAGGAUGAGCCUAACAACUGCUGACAAAAUGUCCUUAAUGAAUCAGCAACAGCCUGAUAAACUCGCAUGUAGCUCCUGGAAGAGUAAGAGUUUUCUCUGCUCUGUAACUCGUCCUCUUCCCCCUGUUCACUGCAAUGCCAUUAAUGGUAUAUCCAGCCACCGUGGUCUUUCCUCUCUGCCACAGAAUGAGCUCAUCUUAAGCCCAACCCCGGCCCUCCAGUCCUCACCUCAGAACUCCUUUAACUCCAGCUUCAGUUUCAUCCAACAGUCUCUCGGCUCCAGCCAGAUGACAGACACAACCACUGCCACACCAUCCCGGGAACUAGAACCACUAAAUCAGUCAACUAAAGCACUUAGUUUGCCUCAGACAAAACCAGCAACCUUAUCCAUUGAGCACAAUGUCUCAAAGCAGUCAACUCCUGUCGAAUCACUGCCCUCCUCCACCCCAGGCAGCCAGGUAGAGAGAGAGGAGCUGUCGUUAGGCGGGAGGUUUUGGCGGGAAUGUCUGUGGGGUGGCAGAGAGGUUACGUCCGACCUGCCUGACUGUGACUCCCGAUCUCUGGACAUAGAGAUCACCUCCUCACUGUCUGUGGACUCAGACACUGCCUCCGCCUCUUCUGUCACCUCCGGCUAUGAGAGCGCCACGCCUGCCUCCGACCAAGGCUGGGACAACCUGGUGAAGAAGUACGAGGGAGUGCUGCAAGACUGCCUCCAAAACAACCGCACACAUACUAAGAUCGAGUCUAUGAUGUUGAAGCUGCAGAGACUCCAGCAGAAAGCCAUUUUGGAUGACGACUAUGACGCAGCUGAGCGUUUUGGGAAAAAGCUGGAGGAACUGUGCAGGGAGCGAGGUACUCUGAAGCUGGGUUUACCCUCCAGACAGCCCAGCGUGGCUCUGUUCCUGGAGCGGCUCAGACAGGUGGUGCACAGCGCCCUCCAGAGGGCAGACUGCAGUCAGUGCAGGGAGGGUGUAGAGCCUGAUGCAGGGGAGCGGUCCGACUCAUUGCAGGGUCCACUGCAUCGACGAGAUCAUCUGAUCCAAGAGAAACGGCUGGUAGAGGAGGAGAUAGCAGAGCUGCAGCAGAGGCUGACGGAGCUGAAGGACCGCAGUCGGCGCCUGGAGCAGCAGAUCCAGCAGGAGGAGCAGCAGGUGGAGGCUGAGGAGCUGGAGGGCUCCGUGCUGAGGAGCCGCAGCGUGGCCCAGCUCCGUGACAUGAGCCGGACCCUGCAGGACCUCGUCACCUCUGAAAACCGCAUGCAGAUCUCCGUCUCUCCUCCACCCUCCAUGCUCAGACUUCAAGAGCAGGAGCAGGCAUUGAAUCUGUCCAUCAAGGAAGCCACUGCUAAAGUGGUCAUGAGUCAGAGGCUGGGCAGCAGCCUGAGGAGGAAAGUCAGCGAGACUGAAACUCAGCUUUUGGCACUGCAUGAGGCCAAACUGGCGGCCAUCUCAGGUAAUGACUUCAGCAGUGCCAAGGAGCUGAGGGCUGAGAUGAAGGCGGUGUACCUGGAGCGGGACCGGCUGGAGGCUCUGGCCAAGAGGCUGCACAGCCUCAGCUCGGGGAGCAGCCAGGAGCUGGCCAAGAUGAAGGAGCAGCGGCAGCAGCUCAGGCAGGAGCUGGAGCAGAAGGAGGCCCAGCACGAAAGCCGGCUGAAAGAGAACACUACCAAGUAUAUCAAGCUAUUGGAGGACAGAUUGCACAGCUGUGGCUGUCCAGGCUUGGAGCGGAUCUGGGAAGCCGACCUGGAAGCAUGUCACCUGUUUUUGCGAGGCCUCCAGUUGCGGACUCCCAGCUGCAGUGGAACAGACGUCGAAGACCUCCCCACUGCAGCAGUUUAUCUUCCAGCCCAGCUGUGCACCAAAGAAGAAGAAGACUGCGCUAUGCUGACUGCAUUAGGAGGGCGCUGGUGUCCCGAGGCCAACUUACAGCACUCUGAGUUCACUAAGAAAUUGGAGGAGUUUUUGUUCUGCAUGGAGGAUAAUCACCCAGAGGACGGGUGCAGCGAGGCUGAGGCUGCAGACCUGACGGAGCGCUGCGAGCUGAUCAGUGACAGACUAAUGACCUUGGAAGAUGAAUUGCAGACGGCCAUACUGAACCGGGAUCUGGCCCUCACCCAGUCGUUAGAAAAGGAGGUUCUGGAAGUAAAAGCCACUUUACAAACCAUGCUCGCACAGCUCAAAGAGGACGAAGAGGAGGAAGAGGAAGUAAGUGAGUUACAAGAUGAUGACCUCAUGAAAAAUGGGACUGAGGAAGAAGAGGAGGAAGAGGACCAGUACUUUAGUGACAGCUGGGGCAUUUGAAAUGGAUGCUUGUAGUGUUUUAUGACCAUUCACACACAGACUGGCUCUCUGAGAGCCUGACCUCAGCUUUGCAGUCAGAGUGACCCCAUAUCCAUUUACUGUAAAGCCUUACUCAAAGGGCUUUACAACCAGCCUCUGUGGUACUGCUGAAAGUUUCCAGUACAAGCCUUAGAAAGUCUGUGUAACAUUUUAUCCAUCGACAAAUGGAGGUUUUUGAUAUAAAUGCUAAAUAUAAGACACUUUAAUGCAAAAGUUCCUCAGAUCUUGCCAGCCUAAAUUUAACAGGUAAAGAGUGCCUUCGACCCCCGAGCCGACAUAGUGAUUACUUCUUCAAUUAAGAUGUUUUUGGAUACAGUUUUUACUGUAAAAAAAUGACAAAUUUUAGGUGAUUAUUUGGUUAGUUGAGGGUUUUUCAGUUGCUCUGAUUUGUUGCCAUUUUCAAACCAGUCUCAGAAGUUAGAAAUUAUCAGCCUUACAGCAAGACUGUGUAAAGUGGAAGUUAAUGAAUCAUGGUAAAUGGUAGUACAUAGUGUAAUGUUAGAAGUAGAGAAGAGUCAUAGUGAACUGACUCAGUAAUGUCAGUCACACAGCAAUAUCUAUACAGUCUUUGCUAAUAUAAGCUAACAUUAGCCACCAUAAGUUACAGCAAAGCUGUAUUACCAAAACCCCUGAGUGUAUUGAAUUGAGCAAGAGUGUAGUGCAUUCCACAAUUUAAGUUUGUAAGAGUAAGAAUGUUUUAUUUCUUCUUUCAAAAAUUACAUAGUCUUGCUUUAAAAUUUCAGUGACAAAAACAGAAAAUCAGCCUGAAACCAACCUGAAGCCGAAAAAUCACUAAUCGCUCACCACAACGACCUGUUUGAAUUUUAACCGAGGACCAAGUGGACAAUCUAAACAUGUUUUACUGGUAACAGUCUUGCACAUAAACUAAAAUGUAUUCUUCAUUUUUAGGUCGGCUUGCCACUUUUGUGUGUUUUCCGUACGAGUGGACUUUAAUUUCAUGUAAUUUUGUCCAUGAAAUAACUAAUUUGUGGUGCUACAGAAUGUUAACUUGAACACUUUAUUAUUUUCUUUGUGUGGAAAUGUAUUAUUUAGAUUGUUUUUCCUCCCUGUCUUAAAGCAGGGUAUGCUUGGAGAGAUGCUCUGUAUUUUGAAUUACACGUCACAAUAGUCAAAUUGUGUCAUAUUCAAGGAUAAAAUAUCAGUGGACACACAAGAUAAGUAUUUGCAACUGCUGUUUGUUUGUUCUGAAAUUAUUUUAUCUGCCACUGAUUGAUGUGUUGUUUUUAUUUUAUUUGAUGUCAUCUCAGAAUAUUCUUGUUCAUUCCACUGGGUGUCACUUGACUUUUUACCAGAAACAUUUUUGUACUUUACUGUGUUUUUAAUUUACUGUACAGCUUGAACUUGCAGUAUCAUAUUUCAUAUUUAUUCCUUACAGCAGCUCACUAAUUACAGCAUGUACCAUUCAGCCUAA